UAGAUCUAUAACUCUACUCUGGCAUUUUUUUCUAGGUUUGGUGUCGUUUCGUUUCAGAGGCGCUCUCGGCUUUAGAUCUCAAGCAGCUGCCCAAGAUGAACCAUUGCGGCUUCCAGCAGAGCUCCUUCGCAGCCUGCGAAGAGAUCAGGAGUGCCGUUUCCAUCUCCGAUCGGAAAGAUGCGGUCUUUUGCCCUAAACCUCGGCGACUUGGUGGCUUCAACCAUGUGGUUCAAGACCCUAGGCCGUUGAGAUGGCAGUUGAGUCAUCAAGCGGAGCUCUGUGAUUCGACGGCAGGGUCGGAACUUCUUGAUAUUAUUCUCACAAAGGGUGGUUAUGGUGCAGAACAGUCCACUCAAGUGGCCUCUUCACCCCCGUUUUUCUGUGGGUCACCGCCGAGCAGGGCCACCAACCCGCUAAUCCAGGACGUCCGUUUUGGGGACGAGAAGCUAACCUCGCCGCUGCCGUUACCGGUGCCGGUCUCUGUGCCGUCGAGACUUUCACCGUCACCAUCAUCCUCUGCAAGGAAGGGAGGCUGUGCACGCAUGAAAUUCGGGCAUAAGCCAGCGGCUGUGAGAGUUGAGGGGUUCGAUUGCCUCGACAGGGAUAGGCGAAACUGCAGCAUCCCUGCCGUAGCAUAAAAGAAGAAUCCCUUGCUUCCAUCAUCAAAAGGUACAUAGAAGAAAAGCUAAA